UUGAAUUGCAAAUUACUACAGUCACAAUGGCUGUGAACAAAAGGCUUGUUAUUCUUGGUUUCAUACUUCUCCUAGCUAUAGGUCUAUCCUCGGCAGCGAGGACCUUGAGUGAGGGUUACACGUCCAUUGGUGGUGAAGGUGGAGGUGAUGGAGAAGGGUAUGGAUCUGGGUCCGGGGCUGGUGAAGGAGGUGGAGGAUAUGGGAAAGGAGGUGGAGGUGGUGGUGGUCAUGGUGGUGGAGGCGGACAAGGUGGUGGAGGAUAUGGAAACGGAGGUGGAGGUGGCGGUGGACAUGGUGGUGGUGGUGGUGGUGGUGGUGGACAAGGUGGUGGAGGAUAUGGACAAGGAGGUGGCGGUGGACAUGGUGGUGGUGGUGGUGGUGGACAAGGUGGUGGAGGAUAUGGGCAAGGAGGUGGCGGUGGACAUGGUGGUGGUGGUGGACAAGGAGGUGGAGGAUAUGGGAAUGGAGGUGGCGGUGGACAUGGUGGUGGUGGUGGACAAGGUGGUGGAGGAUAUGGGAAAGGAGGUGGCGGUGGACAUGGUGGUGGUGGUGGACAAGGUAGUGGAGGAUAUGGGAAGGGAGGUGGAGGAGGAGGUGGAGGUGAACUAGGUGGUGGUGGUGGACAAGGUGGAGGACAUGGUGGUGGGAGUGGGUCUGGGUAUGGACAUGGAGGAGGUGGAGGUGGAGGUGGAGGUGAAGGUGGAGGACAUGGAGGUGGUGGUGGACGUGGAGGUGGAUAUGGCCAGGGUGGUGGAGGUGGACAUGGGCAUCCUUAGAGGAAGGAUGAGUAGCUCCAUGGAUUACAAAAAGCACUAGGAUGCAUGAGUGGGUCCAUGGAUGGAUGAGUUGAGCAGUGGUUGUAUGGUAUUGUUAUAAGAGUAUCAUCAUGUAGCCGUAUGAUAAAUAAAACUACUGCAUUUUAAGACUACUUAUAUAUAUAAAUAUGGUGAUAUUUUCCUCUUGA